AAAAAUGACACCGGAGAACGGACGGCACGUGGUGCAACGCGGAGGACGCUGCGUUGAGGACAGCCGGACUCGAGGAGGAGAAAAGUCAAAGUUCUACAACGACAUCCGAGAAGGCCCAGGAAAGAGUUUAGUAUGUAGCGUGUAUUAUAUUAUUGUGUGUAUGUAUAGUGUAUCUUGUAUGUAUUGUGUAUAUUAUGUAUAUGUAUAUUAUUAUCCAACUGUUGUAUUUUUAGAAAAUUGUGAAAUACAUCCAUUCAUUUCUGAACACUUUUUAAAUAAUGAAAAAGUAGUUUUUAACAUAAUAUACAAGUGGGAUGAAAUUGACGUGUUAAACACAAGUGGUCCUGCUUUUAGUGUUGCCUGUAGAGAGGAAACUGAUGCACUCGAAGCCUUAAAAUUAUUGAAACAGAAUUUACCCAAUAAAAGAAAAUAUAUUCAAUGCAUAACUGUUUUGAAGUACUCAUACAUAUUUGAUAAUAAUUUAAAUGUUAUAAAAAUAAAAAUUGAAGUAUGUUCUGGAGCUUAUUUUGUAAAUGAAAGAAUUUCUAGGAACUGA